CAGAAAAACAUCGAAGAAAAAUUUGCAACAAAGAGAAAUAACUUUGGGAAUAACUUCAAGUUAGAUAACUUAUGUGUUUUACUGGCGUUUGUUAUUUGUUUUUUUUUUCAUCUUAUGAUGUCCUUGAUUGCAUUCUUAGUAAAAGGUUGUCUAUGCAAAGUUAAUAUAAGCAUGAUGCUUUUAGAAAGAGGCAUUUUAUGGAGUAUUAUGAAAACAGAUUAAUUUUAAGGGAAAUUAAUAUAAUCUAGCACCAAUUGCGAUGGCAGGCCAUGGAAGACACGAAUCGAAAGAAGAAAUAUUAGGCGAAAACGGCGAGUUAACAAGUCCAGCUUUGUUUCAAAAACGUUCCGAUGCAGUUUGUUAUAUUGAAUAUCCAGUUGAUGAAAAAAGUGUGCAGUUUGGAACCGGUUUUUACGUACGUAUAAGAAUCGAAGGGAAAAUAUACACAGCAAUUGUGACAAACCACCAUGUUAUUUCCACCAAUGAAAUUGCAGAAAAAGCUAACAUCUAUUUUGGUUAUGAUGGAUAUUUGCCUGACAAGUUUUACAAAUUAAGACCAGAUAUUUUAUUUAAAAAAGACGAGAUACUUGAUUUUGCCAUCAUUUACAUCGACGAGCUCGAUGACAUUGAUGCUAUUCCAUUCACUAACUGCACACCCGUUGAGGUAAACAAUGUUGUUACCAUAUUUCAACAUCCAAAAGGUUCUUCCAAGAAAGUUGCAACUCAAAUAGUCGCUGGGAUGAACCUGACAACAAUAUUCUAUUAUGCUGAUACACAAGGCGGGUCAUCUGGUAGCCCUGUGCUUCGAGAUUUCAAUUUAAUUGGUCUUCAUAGAGGAUAUGACGAAGAUAGUAAUUCAAAUUUUGGAACAAAAAUUAACGAGAUUUUAAGGUUCUUAAAAACUGGUACUCACUUAGAGGACACGGGGAAAACAAUUAAAGUAAAGGAAAGUGGACAUAAAAAAGGAGACGAUUUACAUAACCCAAACAUAUUUGAGGAACGUUUGAGAGCAGUCUGUCUUAUCGAAGUGGGUAAGAGUCGCGGAACUGGUUUCUACUCAAGCAUUACCAUUGAUGGAAAAGACUGGAAAGUUAUUGUAACAAACAACCAUGUUAUUGAAACAGAAGACGAGGCUGAACAAGCGAGAGUUUAUUUCGAUUAUAAUGGGGACGUAUUGCCUGAGAAGAGUUAUUAUUUGAAACCCAAAGAACUAUUUCGUACACACAAGGAACUGGAUUUUUCAAUCAUUGCAUGCAAUAAUGAAGAAAUAGAUACUGAAGUAGACAUCAAACCUAUUCCAUUUGUUGAAAGUGAAUCACCAAAAGCAGAAGAUAUCGUUUUGAUUUUUCAGCAUGCAGGAGGGCGCAGUAAGAAGUUUUCACAGGAAAAACUACUCGAGGUGGUAAUGCCAGAUAUUCGGUAUAAAGCUGAUACUCUUCCAGGAGCGUCUGGUAGUCCUGUUUUGCGAGAUUUUAAGUUGCUUGCUAUACAUAAAGCUGGAGCGUCUUCGGAGGGAUAUAACUGUGGUGUCACAUGCAACGAAGUUUUAAAUUUUUUAAAAACUGGUGAAUAUACAUAUGUAGUUGAAGACGAAAGACGACGCAUGAUAGCUUAUCAAGCCCAAAUGAAAUUAGUAGGCAAAGAAGAAGAACUAAUUGCGAAUGAGUUGUUAGAUUAUGACCAGAAAGUGGAAGUAAUAUUUCAUCAAGCUAAUCAGUAUGAUUAUCCAUUGCUUGAGGCGAUUUGUAGAAAGUUUUUUGUCGAUCGUUGUGUGAAUCCUUUGAAGGAGUUAAAUGACGCUGUGAUAAAAAGUAAGUUGCCUGGAUUACACAUUAGUGAAAAAGAGAUAGCGAUGUCGCCAUUUACAGCGUUCCCUUGGAAAGAUUCAGAUGUUAAGGUUAAUUUUGAAGAAAGAAAAGAUAAGUUACGUAUUUUCCAAUCAAUUUCUGAAUGCCCAUCAUCCUAUCGUUUGGUGGCUCACUUUCUGCUUGAUUAUGAAGUUGCUUCCGAGAUUUUGAGAGGAACAGAGGAACCGUCCAAGAAAUUACUAAAAGUACUAAAAAAAUGGGAUAUGAAAGAAAAGAAGGAGAAGAAGACUUGGUCACGGUUGAGAUCACUUUUAUUGUUCCUAGAUUACAAAACACUAGUCGAGGAUAUUGAGUAUGAGCAUGGAGAGGAAAGCUAGAAGGAUAAAGGAAAAGUGGACUUUCAUCUGUUAGUGAAAAAUGGUUUGGAACUUGUGAACUAUUUAUCAUUAUAUUUCAUGUGUGAUUUUCUUGGUAAUAAUUUUUAUAAUGAAUUUGUAUGAAAUUUCUUGACCAUAUCUCCGCAGAAAUCUCUAUCAUUAUCGUGUACAUGAUUAAAAAGACCUUCUGAUACAAAAACUAACCAUUCAGAAUCUGAUAAAAAAUGUUGAGAAUCAGUGUGACCCAGCUAAAACGGUACGAAAUUUUUACAUGUGUAGAAUAUCAGUAUCUGCAUGAUAUAAUUGUUUUAAGUGUUUACACGCUGCAUUGCGAUUUUUUACGCAUAUUGUUUAAUUUGCAUAUACCGGUAUAUAUAUUAACGGCUCUAUUUAUUAAUUACUAAAUAUAUAUUUAUCCAUUUUAUAAAAAAUAUAAAAUAGUACUGACA